AUGCCUCCAAAGCCAAAACCUAAAAAACUUUCAAGAAAAGAACUUAGAGCUCUUUAAGAAGAGCAACGUCGUAAAGAUGAAGAAGCUAGAAAAAAACGUGAGGAAGAAGAAGAAAUAUAACGUUAAAUAUUUGAAGAAAAACGCCGCAAAGAAGAAGAACGUUUGUCCAUAGAAGAAAAAGCCCGCUUAGCUGAAGAAGUCUAAGAAUUAUAGCCAUGGAGAAAUUAAAUAUCAGCAAUAAAAGAUAAAUAAUUAAGAUCAUUAAAAGGAGAAAUCGAUUGGCAAAAGUACAUAAAUUGUAAUUCAAAACCUGAUGCAAACCGAGAGAAUUAACUAACAACGUUUUUAACAUAAUACAAAGAAUCCCCCAGUGUUUCGGAUUUAAAAAUUGACGAGGCUUUACAUCUUCCUAUUGACUUUGGACAUUUAGGUAUGCAUUGCGAAGUUCCGAGAAAUUUUAUGUCUAUUUAAUUAAUUAUGAAAGCUGUUUGGUGUUCGUUUGAUAAUUUGACCACUCCUGAAUAUCGACUUAAUAGUAGAGAUUUGGUAAUAGGAGGAGUAGUCGAUAUAGAAUGCUUAGAAUAUCUUCCAGGCAAAUAAAAAAUGCCUAAUUAUACAUUAAAAUUCCACUAUGAUGUCCAAGAAGCUAUAAAAAAACUUCCUUAUCCAAGUACAGAAGGAAACUAAUAAAAAAAUCCUGUUAAAGUAAUAUUUUAACUCCCUCCAUAUUUAUUAAUUUAUUCAAAUGACCAAUUUAGAGUACAUUCUUUUGAUUUUCAAACUAAAAAAUGGAGUCCUGAUUGUAUUGAUGAAAUUAAAUAUGAUUAUGACAAAAGAUAUGACCCUGAAAAAAAAUAUUUGCAAUUUUCAACUACAAAAUUAGCUCCAUUUGCCUAUAUUCAAGACAAAUGCACAGAUUUCCCUUAUGUUUCUUGGAAAAUGAGAUGCGUUAAACCUGAUGUGGCGUAUAUAGAUAUUAGAGGAAAAAGAGACACAUUCAAAUUCGAAAUUGGAAAAGACUAUGCUAUGCUUAGAAAUAGAAAAGAACCUGAAUUAGAGCAUUUAAAUAAUAAGCGUAUGCCUUUGAAUAGACUUUUACCUCUCCUUAGCAAAAGUGGAAUUCAUCUCUUACCUAAAGAAAACGACGUAUAACCUGAAGAAGGGAUUGUGUAAAAAAGCAUUGAAGCAGAAACUACAGCUAUUUAAGAUAUUAUAUUCGCUAUAAGGUGCUUUUAUAUUUAAUCUUCCAGAUUUUCUGGAUAACUCCGAAGCGAUAAAAUAUUGGUGAGAGUAAGAGAAAACUUAGAAUUCGAUGAGGAAUUCUUGGAAGACCAAGAAAAAGAUUGGAAAUCGAUAUGCUUCUAACCUUUUAAAUGCUCAAUUAUUAAAAGUAAAGAUUCUUAACCUAAUUGUAAUGAAAAUCUUUUGGAUGAUACUGUUACGCAUUCCACUUUGGAGUUACUUUUAAGAAAACAUGAACUUACAUCGUAAAAUGUACUUGAGAAAAUGAGGAACCUUGAAAGUGUUUAGUUUAUGAAUAAUAUUGAAAUGUUCCUUAAAAUGACUAAAAUUUUAACUUUUACAAGUGGAAUUUUGCCUGAAAAUUUACCAAAGAAAGUUUAUGAUAAGAAAAAUAAUGUUGAAUAAUAAAAUGUUUCUAAAGAAUAAUAAUAAGACAACAAACACAAGAUUAAUUGA